AUGGGCAAACUCAUCAAAAACCACUGGGCUCGUCUCAUCAUCCUCACUGCUGCCAUCUUUCAAUUGGCUGCCGGUAUCCAUGGCUUCUUCUGGCCAAAGAUAUUCUGGGACUUCCUGACGAAGAACCUCGAUCGAGCAGUCAAGCCGGUUCCUAUACUACAGAUCAUCAACGUCUUGCUCGGACUGCUGGGACUGGCCUGGGAGUGGCCCCUGAAGCCGCUCGCGGGGACUCUGUUCCACCGCAGCAUCGAGAUCAGGCUCUUUAUCCUCCCUCUCAGUGCGCUUGCUUCGGCUCUGCUGUAUCAAGGCACAAACCCUGCAAUCUAUUACCUUAUCGGCAUGGCCGUUUACUUCUGGGGGUACAGCGAAGGAGAAGUGCGUUACCUCGUCCACCAUUCAAGCGUUAACCGUACAUAUAACAAUGAAACUAACGACUUUGAUAUAGACUGUAUGUCCCGAACCGUGGACCUUGCCACGGCGAAGACCAAUACCGAUAGAGUCAAAGGUAUAGCCCGUUAG